UAUGAAGCAGGAAAGCUCAGAGAAAAAUGGAGGCAUCUUCUUUGCACAUAGCAAUGUUUCCAUGGUUUGCCAUGGGACAUUUAACACCUUAUCUCCACCUCUCCAACAAAUUAGCAAAAAGAGGACACAAAAUCUCCUUCUUCAUCCCUAGAAGAACCCAAUCCAAGUUAGAACAAUUCAACCUCUUCCCACAUCUCAUCACCUUUUACCCUAUCAAUGUUCCUCAUGUUGAAGGUCUUCCUCAUGGUGCAGAAACUACUUCCGAUGUGUCUUUCUCCUUAGCUCCACUUAUCAUGACAGCUAUGGACCGCACUGAGAAGGAUAUAGAGCUUCUCCUCAAUCAACUAAAACCGCAAAUUGUUUUCUUUGACUUCACACAUUGGCUACCAAACUUGACUCGUCCCAUGGGGAUCAAAUCUUUUCAAUACUCGAUUGUUGGUCCAGCAACAGUUUCUUACGUUAGAUCCCCACCAAGAAUGAGUCAAAACAUGACUGAAAGAGAUCUCAUGCAACCCCCUUUUGGGUACCCUGUGUCAUCCAUCAAGCUUCAUGCCCAUGAAGCCAAGUUCCUUGCUUCUAUAGGGAAUUGGGAGUUUGGUAGCGGUGUUCUCUUCUAUGACCGCCUCAACACUGGUUUAAUCUUAUCAGAUGCAAUUGGGUUCAAAGGUUGUAGAGAAAUUGAGGGCCCUUAUGUUGACUACCUUGCAAAGCAGUUUGGGAAGUCUGUUCUCCUUUCAGGACCUAUCAUACCUGAGCCACCCAACACUGUUUUAGAGGAAAAAUGGAGUGCGUGGCUUGGAAGGUUCGAGGAUGGUUCUGUGGUUUUUUGUGCACUUGGGAGCGAAUGGAAAUUACCACAUGAUCAGUUCCUUGAAUUAGUAUUGGGUCUUGAACUUACAGGACUUCCAUUUUUGGCUGUUGUAAAAGUUCCUAUUGGGUUUGAGACAAUUGAAGCUGCAUUGCCAGAAGGGUUUAAAGAAAGGGUUGAAGGGAGAGGGAUUGUUGACAGUGGAUGGAUACAACAACAAUUGAUUUUGCAACACCCAUCAGUGGGUUGUUUCAUAACACACUGUGGUGCUGGUUCAUUAACUGAGGCAUUAGUAAAUAAGUGUCAAAUGGUGUUACUACCACAACUUGGUGGUGACCAUGUCAUUAAUGCAAGGAUGAUGGGUAGAAACUUGAAGGUUGGGGUUGAAGUGGAGAAAGGUGAAGAAGAUGGUUUAUUCACAAAGGAGAGUGUGAGCAUAGCUGUGAAGAUUGUGAUGGAUGAAGAGAAUGAUGUUGGCAAAGAAGUUAGAGCAAAUCAUGCAAAAUUGAGGAAUUUCUGGGUAAGUCGUGAUUUAGAGUCAACUUGUGUAGAUGACUUUUGUCGGAAGCUUCAUGAUCUACUCAAAUAAUUUUUACUCAAA